UUGGCCCAGGCCCCGUCCAUGGCCGCCCUUAGGACCCUGCGCUGAGCCCGAGGCUCCAGCGUCGGGGGGCCACGCCGCUCCCAGAAGGCUCUGCGGGCGACCCUUCGAAGAGAGGGCGGGCGUCGGCCACGCGGUCAUGAGGAGGCGGCUGCGCCUACGCCGGGACGCGUCACUCACGCUGCUCCUCAGCGCCGCCCUUGGCCUCUUACUGUACGCGCAGCGCGACGGCGCGACCCCCACUACUAGCACGCCGCAAGCGCGAGGGCGGGAGGCACAGAGACCCACCCCAGGUCCCCGAGCAUUCCAGGUACUGGACUCUGGCGCAGCCCCACCGGCCUACGAAGGGGACACACCGCCAUCGCCCACUCCCACCGGCUCCUUUGAUUUCCGCCGCUACUUGCGCGCCAAGGACCAGCGGCGCUUUUCACUCCUCAUUAACCAGCCUCACAAGUGCCGUGGUGAUGAUGUACCUGGUGGCCGACCUGACCUGCUCAUAGCUGUCAAGUCGGUGGCAGCUGACUUCGAGAGGCGACAAGCCGUGCGCCAGACGUGGGGUGCCGAGGGUCGCGUGCAGGGGGCACUUGUACGCCGUGUGUUCUUGCUGGGGGUGCCCAGGAGUGCAGGCACCAAUAAGGCUGACCCAAAGGGGGUGGGCACACAGACACACUGGCGUGCACUGCUGCAUGCUGAGAGCCAUGCAUAUUCGGACAUCUUGCUCUGGGCCUUCGAGGACACUUUUUUCAACUUAACACUUAAGGAGAUCCACUUUCUGGCCUGGGCCUCAGCCUUUUGCCCCAACGUGCGCUUUGUUUUUAAAGGUGAUGCUGAUGUAUUUGUACACGUGGGGAACCUGCUGGAGUUCCUAGCAUCGAGGGAUCCUGCGCAGGACUUGCUUGCAGGUGAUGUAAUAGUGCAGGCGAGGCCAAUCCGUGCUAGGGCCAGUAAGUACUACAUCCCAGAGGCUGUGUAUGGCCUGCCUGCCUACCCAGCCUACGCAGGUGGUGGUGGUUUUGUUCUUUCUGGAGCUACGCUGCGCCGCUUGGCAAGUGCCUGUGCACAGGUUGAGCUCUUUCCCAUUGAUGAUGUCUUUCUAGGCAUGUGUCUGCAGCGCCUCCGGCUCACACCUGAGCCUCACCCAGCUUUCCGUACCUUUGGCAUUUCCCAGCCUUCUGCAGCACCACACCUGAGCACCUUCGACCCCUGCUUCUACCGCGAAUUGGUUGUAGUACAUGGGCUCUCAGCUGCUGACAUCUGGCUUAUGUGGCGCCUGCUGCAUGGGUCACAUGGGCCAGUCUGUGCACAUAGGCAGCCCGUUGCUGCAGGCCCCUUCCAGUGGGGCUCUUAGCCACCCAUCACAGUGCCAAGCUUCUCUUAGCCCCAGGAUGGAACAGAAGAGAGCCUGAAGGAGAUUCCUGUGUGGAUUAUUAAGGUGUGGGUUACUCUUUCCUAGAUUACCUGUGUCUGCCUCCUCAGAAUCCCAGGGUAUGGAAACUGAGUUUGGCAUUUCCUGUUGGCUCAUACUACACAGAGGAGGUCUAAAAAACAAUGUAUUGGUGACCACAAGUAGAGCUAUGGCUGAAGUGGAGGAAGACCAUGUCUUGCCCAGCAGGCCCCAGAGCAAUGGACAUAUUUAGUCAUCCUAGUAGCACAUAGGUGUGUGUUCAGGUGGAGGCUUGGUUUUGAACUCCUAGGAUGAUGCAGACACAUGCAGCUCCUCAAGGCCAGGUCCCACAGCCUUCAUGGACCUGGCAGGCAUUCUGUCAUAACUCAGUCUAAAGUAGACAUGUUGCUUGCCACCUGCUUCUUCAAUUGGAUUCCCAGCCCUGUCUACAUCUUUAGAUCUUUCCCCUCUCAGGUCUGCUUUCCUGGGCCAACUCCAAUAGGAUCCAGGUCUGCCUGGUAUACCAUGGAUAGAGCCAUAUCAAGGACAACUAUGUCAUGUUCCCAAAGUCUUUCCCCAUCUCCUAUACCCAUACACUAUGCCAUUGUUAAAAGCUGUCCCGUCCCCUUCAGAGGAGCCAUGGCUGUCUCCUCAGACUCUUCUACUAUAAAAUUUCUCAUAUUCUUCAACCACCCCCUUCCUAAGAAAUAAAUACUUCCACACUUAUUUCAGUACAAAUAUCUCAGCAACAGCCCAUGGCAAGCUGCUGCUGAGGGCACAGGUGCUUUAUUGGAGAAGGGAUGUGGGCAGGGGAUGAGGAUAGGUCCCUCAUUCCAAGAGGAUGGGAACAGUCCUGGCUACCCCUGACAGUAAAAUGUGCAGGGUCUCUGGCCAGACCACUGUCCAAAUGGGAAGACAUUAGUCAGUUACAAAAUCAAAGUCAUGGGAGUGCCACAUAAGCCUGACUAUAGGACUAGGAACCAUACAGGCACGUGGAGCAGAUCCCCUGCACAUUCAUCAUGAACUAUACAGGAUGAGGCUGUACAUGAGUUAAUUACAAAAGUUUCAUAUUUACAAAAAUCUGUACACACAUUUGAAAAACUCACAAAAUUGUCAUCUAUGUAUCACAAGUUGCUAGACCAAAAUAUUAAAAAUGGGAUUAAAAUUA